AGCCUUAAUUUUACUUUAUUAUUAUUAAGAUUUAUUCAUCUUUUUUCAAAUUCUUAGAAUUUGAAAACAAUAAAAAAACAAGUUAGGCAUAAGUAAAUUCAAAUGGCAAAAUAGACAUAAGCCAACUUCGACACGCGUUAAUUAAUUAAAUCGAUGAUUCAUCCAAUCAUUUACAGCGAAAUCACUGCAACUUUUAUCAUAUCCCUCUAAUCUAAUCUUCCUUUUCGUACGUCAGUUAAAAAAGGGCUGAUAAUUUUUUGUGGGAGUCGAUAAAAACGACAGUUGAUAAAACUACAGAUAUUACGCGACAAGCUGUAUAAUAAGCGAUUCAAUCAAUGUAGAGUUCGAAGAGUCGUCUGUGAUACAAUCAAUCGCAAGAAUUUAAAAUUCGUGCGUAAUCCCAACACGCUUAUCUCUCAUCGAAUUCGAGAAAACGUCUCGUUCCGCUCGAAUGAACGUGGGGCUAUCCCUUCCGUGGCGUCGCGAGAAAGAGAGUGAGAGAUUCGAAACUGGCCAAAUUCAACUGACGGAAUAAUCAUCGACCGGAAAAUAGAAAACUGCGCGAAAGCUGAUGUUUAGGCGAACCAAGCUAUUUCGAAUCUAUGACGCGCUGACGAUGCGUUGACGCCCGUCCCGUCGACGUGCGGAUAAUCUUUCGUUUUUUGCGGCCGUCGAUCGACGAACAGGCGGGAGUGAGAGCACUUCGCGCGAGGGCGAGGACCACGUUGAUUAACGUGGGAGAGACAGACGGCUCGACACGCCGCCGUUUAACGAAUGUGAUUGACGAAUUGAAGAUGUAACGUAUCGUCGCGGUGACGACGCGACAGUCCCCGUGAACGUUCGUGGCGACGACGCGGCACAGGUCGGACAUGAGAUUCAAUGACAGGGAGCUCGCAGAGGCGAGCUUUGGACCCGCGAACCUGGAAGGACGGCUAAACCACAAGCGGGCCCAUAAGUCAGCAGUGUUCAAAGAGAAGUGGUUCAAGCUACGGCACAAUCUACUAUUUUACUUCAACAUCAAUGACUUAGGGCACAUCGAUACGAAACAACCUGCUGGGGUGAUUGUCCUGGAAAAUUGCAACAUCAAUAUAGAUAAUUCAUCCGAGGGGGCAUUUGCGUUGAGCAUCUCGUUCCGCGACGAGUUGGACAAACGGCAUGUACUGAGCUGUAGGUCGGAAUCUCAAGUAGACCAAUGGGUAAACGCGCUUAAGCAAGCAAGUUAUGGAUACUGGAGAUCUCGCCUAAUCACACUUCAAGAGAGAUUAUGCAAAAAAACGGGGAAAGACCCGUUACUCAUGUAUCCUAGGAAUCAAGGUGUAGUGCGAGACGAAGCUUGGGAGCCUGCCACCAGCUUCAGAUCUCAUGUACGUUCAUUCACAACGUCGGUCGCGCCUACCUUGAAUACGAUAACUAGGGAAGUCAAUCUCAUAGAUCUUUAAUAUAAAGAAAUAAUUUUAGACUAGGUAAAUGGAAAUUUAAUUUGAAAAAAUGUGGCCUCACAGAACUUAUAUUUGAAACUAAUUAAAUGGAAAUUUAAUUUUUAUAAAUGUGGCCUCACAGAACUUAUAUUUUUGAAGAAACGCAUAUAGUCGAAAGUUUUUGCGCUAAACUGCUACAAGCAAGCAAGCAACUUAAGACGCAAGUCUAAUAAGUAUGAGCUUUAAUUUAUAUAAUAAUAAGUAAGAUAAAUAUACUAUAUAGAAUGUACAUCAUACAUAUAUAAAAGACAAAAUAUAAAAGAAAAUGGAAAUGUUAUAUAAUCAGAUAGAAUUUUCUUUAAAUAAUAAUUUUGUUUAAUGUAAUUUAAAAAGGUUUGUUUAAAAUUUAAGAGAUUGAAAGCAUGAUUUUCAUAAAAGUUCUUUUUCUAAUGAGUCGGAAUUUGAUACAACAGAAAAAUUAUAUAAAAUAAUAAUAAAUAUAAAAUACAUGCAAUGUAAAAUAUGUGCAAAUAACGAUACAACGAUAUGAAUAACUUGUAUUAAUGUAUUAUAUAAAACAGAUUAUAUGAAUGUGCUAAUAUGUGUAUGCUUCGUGAUAUUUUGUGACUUGAAGAGCCGAUUGUUUCAACUUCUUGGUGAACUUACUUAUCAGUUAAAUAUAUAUCUGUUUUUAUUUAUUAUUGUAUUUAUAUUAAGAGAAAAAGAAUGAAGAUAGACACAUGCUUACCUGAUAGGUAAGUUUACUAAGAAGUUGGAACAAUUGGCCCUUAAUAUUAAUGUUUAAUUGAAGAUAUAUAUUAAGUAUAAUUCUUAUAUUAUUCAUAUAAAAAAGAAAAAAAAAUUGUGAUUAUUGAUUCGUCACUCUCUACCUUUGUAUAAAUUUGAUAAAGUAUUUGUUUAUGUGAAAUACUCAAUUCUAUUUCUAACAAAAUUGUGUGACUUAGUAACAUUGUGAAGCUUACAAUGGAAAAAAUAAAAAUAUUUUUAUAAUUUA